ACCAGUUUCUUUUGUGUGUGUAAACGUAAUAAUUACGUUUUUUUCAUUUUUAAGUCAAAAUGGGAAAAGAGAAACCAGGAUUUUUAACUCCUAAAGCUAUAAGUAAUCGUAUUAAAGCAAAAGGACUUCAAAAACUAAGAUGGUAUUGUCAGAUGUGUCAGAAACAAUGUAGAGAUGAAAAUGGUUUCAAAUGCCAUUUAACAUCAGAAUCUCAUCAACGUCAACUCUUACUAUUCGCUGAAAAUCCAGGAAGACAUAUUGCUGACUUCUCUCGAGAAUUUUUCAGAGAUUUUAUGCAACUACUUCGUAGACAUGGUGAAAAAAGGGUUGCCGCAAAUAAAGUAUACCAAGAAUAUAUCUCAGAUAGAAAUCACGUUCACAUGAAUUCCACUAGAUGGUGCACCCUGACUGGUUUUGUAAAUUUUUUGGGUAGAGAAGGCAUUUGUAAAGUGGACCAAACGGAAAAGGGAUGGUUUAUUACCUAUAUUAAUAGAGAUCCAGAUUUCCUAGAGAGAGAAAGGAAAAAGGCUGCCAGAAAAAAAAUGGAUAUGGAUGAUGAUGAAAUACAAGCAAAAAUGAUUGAAGAACAAAUAAAGAGAGGUGCAGAAAGAGCACCUCCGAAGGAAGAAAUUCAACCUACUGAAUUGGUUAGAGAUAGCGAGGAAAAAAUCAAAGUGGAACUAUCUGCCGCAGUAACAACAGAAGAAAAAAAACCCAUCGUAGUUGCUCCUUUAUUUUUGAAAAUUGACGAAAAGCCCAAGUUAGGGAUGAAAUUAAUGGAGAAAAAGAAAACAGCUUUAGAUGAAAUUAUGGAGCAAGAAGAAACGAGGAAAGAAAAGCAGAAUCGAAAAGAAAACUGGUUACACGAAAACAUUGUUGUUAAAAUUAUCACAAAGAAAUUAGGAGCUCAGUAUAAUGGAAAGAAAGGAAUUAUUACGAAAGUUGAAAAUGAUUUCACCGCAUACCUCAAACUAAUUGAAGACAAAACUAAGAUUAAAUGUGAUCAAAGUCAUUUAGAAACAGUAAUCCCAGCGAUCGGAAAAAAAGUUAUGAUAGUGAACGGAGCUUAUCGCGGAUCUGAAGCUGUUUUGAAAAAAUUGAACGAAAGUAGGGAAAAUUGUACUGUUUUAAUAUCAUCGGGACUUCAUCUUGGAAGAACACUCGAUAUUCCCUAUGACGACAUGAGUAAACUCUAUCAAAAAGAGUAG